UUUGCUUUUGCCAUGAUAGCAAGUGCGACAUCGCUGCAAAUCAACCAUGCAUAUUUUCAGGUCAUGCCCAGCAUGUCAACACGAGCAUCACCGCUUGUCCCAGCUCAGACAAGGUCCCAAGGAUCCAGUCUCGGUGCUCCAGUCGGCAUAGAACGACUAGGCCGCGAGAAAUCCAGUCCGAGUCUGAGUCACUUAUAAAUCAGCCUUCUGUCGAGAGAAAGUGCGUCCCUUCAGUAUCGCAAGGCUGGCCUAACAAGACAAUGUCGCCAUCACUUCACAACAUGUCGGACGAGGAGCCUUCGGGACUCCCGGUUCCUAAUCCGAGCUCGUCGUUCUGGCACAGUGAGCCGAACGAGUUCUUGAUCGGACAUCGGACGACGCCAGAGCUUCCCGCGCAUGCAGAUGUGGUCAUCGUUGGAAGUGGCAUCACAGGAGCUAGUGUGGCAAGGUAUCUGAAUGAAGAUGUCCGGAUGAAAGGGAAGACCACAGUAAUGCUGGAGGCAAGAGAAGCGUGCUGGGGAGCUACAGGCAGAAAUGGUGGUCAUUGCCAGCCACUGCUUUAUGACCAUGGUCCCGAUGUCGCUGCGUUUGAACUUAAGAAUGUGGCUGCCGUAGGAGAAUACAUCACGAAGCACAAGAUAGCUUGCGAAUGGCGCCCCAUCACUGGAUGUCGGACUUUGUGGAGCGACGACCUUCUUACUAUUGCCGAAGGUCAGGUAGAAAUGCUGCGAAAGACACACCCAGACAUUGCGAAGCGUAUCAAAGUCAUCAAGGAUCCUGCGGAGCUCCAAGCAAACCGGAUCGGCGAGGGCUGUAAAGGGGCAACGCUCACCCAGGGCGCGGCAAGUCUGUGGCCGUACAAGUACGUCGCGUUCAUCCUGGAAAGUCUCGUCAAGGCCGGAGCUCUGAACAUCCAGACCAACACUCCCGUAACGAGAAUCGAAGCAGUCUCCUCAUCCGAAUCCAGCAAAUCUUCCCCAUUCCGCCGGAUACUCCACACGCCUCGCGGCACCAUCAAGGCCCACACCGUCAUCCUAGCCACAAACGGCUACACAUCACACAUCCUCCCCUCCUUCGCAGACCUCAUCGUCCCGAACCGCGGCGAGAUGAGCGCCCUCCUCCCACCCCGCGGCAUGCAGCGCCUGGCAAACUCAUACGGCUUCGUAGGCUCAAACGGCCAAGACCCACAGCACGACGACUAUCUAGUCCAGCGGCCCUUCGACAACGAGCCAAACCCGGCCGGCCACCUCAUGUUCGGAGGCGGACGUGACGCAGGAAACCUGCCUUCCGUCCACGAAUGGGACGACUCGGUCAUCGAUGAAGCCGCGGCUGCAUACCUGCGCCGGGUGCUGCUCGACGGGCUGAUUCUAGGUGGCGAUACGGCGGACUUGACGGAGUUGGAAGCCACGCAUCAGUGGACGGGGAUUAUGGGGUACUCGCGCGAUGAUGCACCCUGGGUCGGCCAGGUCCCUGAUUGUGCGGGUUUAUUCAUGGCGGCAGGGUACACGGGGCAUGGCAUGCCGAAUGCGACGCUGUGUGGGAAGGCGGUUGUGGAGAUGGCACUGGCUGAUAUGAAUGGUGAGGAUGCGGAGGCGCUUAGGGAGAGGAUGGUGCGAGACGCGGAUUUGCCAGUGGGCUAUUUCAUUACGAAGGAUAGGAUGGCGAAUGCUAGGCAGUUGCCUACUGUAGAAGUGGCGGAUCAGAUGGGGUUUCUUGGACUGAAACUUCCGAAGGUGUAGAUGGCUAUUAGGAUCGGGGCUUAGCCCAAGAACAGAGGUCCAUAUAUGAUUUGGGGUGGUUCAAUAAACGAUAUUGUAACUUGGCCUAUUAACAUCUCCUACACCUAUAUAACACUAC